UUCAGUAGGGCGGGCUCGAGCGAGGAGCUUGUUAAGCGCACUGGACCGGGCUGUGCAAAAAAUAAAGUAUAUACACGUUGGAACGUUACGGAGGUUACUGACUGGCUGACACACGUUGGAACGUUACGUAGGUGACUGAUGUCGGACACCUUUUCGUCUCAACAACCGGACACCAGAGGAAAAUGGCAAAUCAUCAUUUGGGUCAAUUACAAGCUUUCAGCGGUGUUGUCUGUCAUAAUUCAUGACAUAGUCUGGGAAGAAGACCAAUAUUUUACGUGCCAUAAAGGGGCAGACUUUGAUGGAGUUGUGUGCAUUUAUGUUCGCGAUUAUUAUCCACACCUAAAUUAUAUUUAAAGGGAUACAAUAACAGGCAGACUUUUGCGACUAAGGGAAAUCAUGUUUGAUUGUAUGGAUUUGCUAGCGGUGAGCCCGGGACAAAUGUUGGAUUUCUACACUUCGAGUCCCUCUUCGUGCAUGCUACAAGAGAAGGCACUGAAAGCGUGCUUCGGCGGGCUCGCUCAGAGAGACUGGCAACACCGCCGGAGCGCACAUUCCAUCGAGACCCAGAGCACCAGUUCUGAGGAGCUGGUCCCAAGUCCCCCGUCCCCCCUGGCCCCGCCCCGCGUCUACAAGCCCUGCUUCGUGUGCCAGGACAAGUCCUCGGGGUACCACUAUGGUGUCAGCGCCUGCGAGGGCUGCAAGGGUUUUUUCCGUAGAUCCAUCCAGAAGAACAUGGUGUACACGUGUCACCGGGACAAGAACUGCAUCAUCAACAAGGUGACCAGGAACCGCUGUCAGUACUGCCGGCUCCAGAAGUGCUUUGGUGUGGGCAUGUCCAAAGAGUCUGUCCGGAACGACCGCAAUAAGAAGAAGAAGGAGAGUCCCAAACCAGAGCUGACAGAGAACUAUGAGCUGAGUGCAGAACAAGAGGCCAUCAUAGAGAAGAUACGCAAGGCUCAUCAGGAAACCUUCCCAUCGCUCUGCCAGCUGGGGAAAUACACCACGAAGUCGAGUGCGGAACAACGCGUGAGGCUGGACCUGGGGCUGUGGGAUAAGUUCAGUGAGCUGGCUACUAAGUGCAUUAUAAAGAUCGUGGAGUUUGCCAAACGAGUGCCUGGCUUCACAGGACUCACCAUAGCUGACCAGAUCACGCUGCUUAAAGCUGCCUGCCUUGACAUACUGAUUCUACGUAUCUGUACGAGGUACACUCCGGACCAGGACACCAUGACGUUCUCAGACGGACUGACCCUGAACCGGACCCAGAUGCACAACGCAGGCUUCGGCCCGCUCACCGACCUGGUGUUCACCUUCGCCCACCAGCUGCUGCCCAUGGAGAUGGACGACACAGAGACAGGCCUGCUCAGCGCCAUCUGCCUCAUCUCUGGAGACCGGCAGGACCUGGAGGAGCCCUCUAAGGUAGACCAGCUCCAGGAGCCUCUACUGGAAGCUCUGAAGAUCUACGUGAGGAAGAGGAGGCCCAGCAAGCCACACAUGUUCCCCAAGACCCUGAUGAAGAUCACUGACCUCCGCAGCAUCAGCGCCAAAGGUGCGGAGCGGGUCAUCUCGCUGAAGAUGGAGAUCCCUGGGUCCAUGCCUCCUCUGAUCCAGGAGAUGCUGGAGAACUCAGAGGGCCAAGACGGCCAGAGCAGCACCGAGGGCGAGGACGGAAGCAGCCCCAAGAAGGGAAUCCCGAAGGGGGGUAAACCCUGCCCUGUGUCCCCUGACCCUGACCCAGAUGCUUCAGACAGCGACGGGCCCACAGCGGCCCCCAAGGAGGAGGAGGAAGAGGACCCCUAGGUCCCCGUUGGAACUCAGGGGCCUCUCAGACUGACACUCUCUCUCUCUCGCUGACAUUCCUUUGCAAAAAAACAAAAACAUCCAGGCAUAGUGGACCCCCCUCCUUCUCCCCUCCCCUCUCCUCCUCCCCUCAGGCCGUUGGUCCCUUAGUGAACCACCACCACCUUUGCUUGUUCUUAUGUUAUCCUUUACGUUUGUUUUUUCCUUCUCUCUCUUUAUCACUUUCUUUUCCCUUAAAAAAAUGACAACACUAAAACCUAAAAGGACCAGUGGUUGGUUUGUGUAUAAUUCUACAUUUAUUGAGGCGUUGUGUCUUGGGGACUAGAGUGUGAUUGGUCGAGUUGGGUUUGACCUCGCCCGGCCACGCCCUCUUACUUGUUGUACACAAAGGUCAUAGGUCAUACAUCCUCCUCAGGUCUCCUGUAUAAAUUCAUCCCUGCAUGAUGGACUCGAGUUUAAUAAGUAGUUUUAAUCCCUCUCUCUCUCUGUCUCUCUAUCUCUCUGUCUGUAUCUCUGUCGGUCUCUCUCCCUCUUUGUCGGUCUCUCUCCCUCCCUCUCUCUCUCCCUCUCGCUCUCUCCCUGUCUGUCUCUCUCGAUCUCUCUCUCUGUCUGUCUCUCUCCCUCUGUCUCUCUCUGUCUGUCUCUCUCCCUCUCUCUGUCUCUCUCGCUCUCUGUCUCUCCCUGUCUCUCUCUCCCUCUACUGUCUCUCUCCCUCUCUGUAUCUCUCCCUCUCUCUGUCUCUCUCGCUCUCUGUCUCUCCCUGUCUCUCUCUCUACUGUCUCUCUCCCUCUGUCUCAUAUUGUUGGAAUACAUUGUAUAUACCAUUGUUAGAAAUCUGUCUGUUUCUAUGAUUAAUUUUGUGGUGCUUUUUCCAUAGUCUUAAAUAUUAUUAUUUGAUGCGAAACAGUACAUACAUGACAAAGUUUGAAGGGGGGCUAAAAUGUAAAGUCCUUUACAAAAACAGUUAUAUAGACUGUUCUUGCAUAUAGACCGUAUGGAAGACUAAUACUUUAUAUUUGUUCCUCUAUUUAAAGCUGGUUUUUGUUUUGUCUUUUAUAACUCAUUAUGUUGACGUCUCCAUCAGUUUACAUUACAUCACCAUAAAGCCAGAGUGCUAGAGGCUUGUCUCCCCUGUCAGUGGCUGCAUCUCUUCAGCCGCUUCCUCAGACUGUCGAGGCCAUAGAUAUACAAUGACUAGAUUGAAUCUAGAUAAACUAUUACCCGAUUGGAUCUGUCUAUCACAGAUAACAGACUGUAAUUUAAUGUACAGGGCUUCUGAGGUUAAAAGGAUUCUGAGAUUUUAUCAUUAAAUGACAUUCCCAGAGAGAAACCAAGCAUUCUUUACAAGUGACAUCUCUGGGGAAAGAUAAGGGUUAAGCGACUCUCUUUGACAAAGACUUUCCUUAGCCCAAGCUUGUGCCACUGAGAAAUGUAGAUUUUUUAUUUUUAUGAAUUUGGUUAUACAUUUGAAGUUUCCUUGCAAUUCUCUUGAACAUUCUCCACAAUCUGUGCAGUGAAAUGCAUUCUUAUUACAGUGUUAAAAUGUAAAUUACUUCUCUUCUCUGAUUCAAUCUAGUAAUUGUGCAUUAAUGGCUGUCAGCAACUACAAGCGUCUGCGCAACACAAAAUGCACAUUGCGUUCUGGGCCAGGAUUAGAAAGGAGUCCUGUAGGCCCAGAAUCACUUGACCUGCCCCUUCUUACAUACUUGCAUUCAUAAGUGUCUUGUUUUGGAAGGAAACCACGGGGACAUUGCAAUCGUUAAAAUACAUAUUCAUGACCUAACCGCUCGGCCGGGAAGAUUGUACACUAGACUCUAGUAGCCACUGUGCAUUCUUAGUUCUAGUCCUACAGAGUGACUGACCGUUGCCUUGCUCCUCCACAAGUCCUGUGCAUAACUACAGUGAUGCAAAGGAGAUUCUUAACAUGACCCUUAACCCCUGAGACGUGCAGUAAUUAUAGAUAGACAAGCUCGGGUAGCGUUCAUUUGGGUUGCAACAUCACAGAAUGUUUGGAUAUAAAUAUAUUAUGUAAACAUGCGCUUCUCUAUCAUGUAGAAUAGGGAAUCAUGUCAGCUCUAAAACAAGAAUAUAUUUUCCUGAACGUUGCAUCUCCUGAACCCAACCCUGCUUUGUGUUUUGGACGGCAGAUCCACUAGACAGCACUUUUUCUCAGGGAUGAGGAAUGAUGUCCCAUAUCGGCCACCGCCACAACAGCCUUUCUGAUCUUCUAAAUAUAUUCUUAGUAAAGCUGGUUUUCUUUAGAGCCUAAGGGCUAGAUUUAGUCCAUAGCAAUGAAGAUCUGCGGUAUACCGUGAUUAAAAUGUAAAGGCAAUGUUCCCACUUUCGCGGAGACUGCAUUCACGGUAAACGCUGCAUAUGUCUGCUCAAUCGGAAAUUACACUGUUCUUCAGCUCUACGGAUUGGAUCGAACUCUAAAUCACAGAUACAAAUUUGGACACUAUUUAUAAAGUUAAUACCCUAGAAUCCUCACUGAAUAUUGCUCUGUUCGUUUCACUGUUGUGAAGUGAAACAGAGUGGUAUUCAGUGUGGAAGCCAGGCUAUAGACAAUAUAAUUUAUUCAGAUGUUGACCAGUUACUCAACUAGCACGAAGGCAAUACUUCUCAUCGUACUUAUUUAAAACUUGAAGGUGAAUAAUAUGUAGCCGACAUAAUGUUAAGGGUGAUAGUAAUAAACAGUUUUCUUUAUCAUUCUUAAGGGUAAUAAUAAUUUGGCAUAAACUGUUAUGGGUCACUCAUCUCAGAGGUAUAAAGAGUUUUUUUAUUCUGAAUAGAGGCAAACAUUUUACCAUAAGGGAACAGAUGACCACUGUAGUCAGUCAGCUCGAAGGUUGGGGUCAAUUCCUGUUGGAUUAUUUCAGUUUGCUUCCUGAAUGGACUGAAUUGAUAUGGAAUUGACCCCAACCCUGGCUAGAACCUUUCAGAACCAUCUCACACACAACCAUCUCCUCUCCUCCAUAUCAACACCACAUGUAAUACAUACAUAUCUUGGGGAAAUGGGAAAACAAAACUGUCUCCGUUGUUUCAUGUUUGAAUGUGAAUAUGCCAUCCAGGCUUUACAUAGGAAUGAUAUGCAGUGUUAAAGGAUUUAAAUUUACUUUAAAGCAGCGUUUUGUCAAAUUCAUUGCAUCUCAUUGUAUGUAUGACAAAAAAUGAAAUGCUCUCUUUCCCUCUAAGGGAGAGAGGGAUGCAGUAGGGUAAAACAAUCCUGGUGGCUCAUCACAAGAGCAGUGUGGGUGAAUCUCAAUAGUCUUCCCUACAUUCCUCUCCCUUGAUGCCGCGCCUCUUUCUCAAAACGCAUUGGAGGAAAGGGUGCAGAACCUCAGAUCUUCUACAAUGUGUGUUGUUGAGGUGAGGAAUCGAGGAUGUGAUGAAUCACGGAAAGACUUCUGACAUUUACCCUGAGUGUCUUUGAAGUUGGAAAACUUAUUUCACAGCUUAAGAAUGUCUACAUCCAUCUCCCUAGUGACCUGAGCGCCACCUACAGGCACCAGGUGACACGGCAGGGAACUCAAUCCAUUCCACAAUGCUGAAUUUACAUUGGUUUCUGUUGAAUGUUGUACCGAUGUAACUGUUAAUAUUUACUACUACUAUCUCACUGCAGACUUGUUCAUGUAUUAGAUGGUGUGUGUGUGGUGUGCUUUAUGUCUCAACUAAUGGCAGCUUUAGGCUAUCUGACCUCUCAGAGCUUCAUUUCAUAGCCAGCCCCUCUUGGGUAGCAGCUGCUCACCCCCCCAUCAUUUAGGACCAAAUGGUCUCAGUACCUGAGCAUGGGUUCACAAUAGGGUUGUAAAAUUCCAGAAACAUUCCCCAAAUUCCUUUUUUUGGUGGGCGAGGGGGGGGGGGGGAUCAUGGUCAGAGGAUCAAGAGGGAAUAAGCUAAAGGAAUUUCCAACGUGGAAUUCUUCAAUUUGUGAAAAGUUUCCAUAAUUUCAAAACCCUAGUUACGCCGAUGUCAUCGCUGAUCAAACAACAGAGCUGCUUUCCCCUCUUCAGCUGGAAUGCCAAGCAGCUGUCACUAAAUCAAUCAACUGACAGAAAUUUGUUUAAGUCAAUAAACGGAAUAAGAUCAAUACAUGUACCGGAAGGGGGCAACAUACUGAACAUUGCAAAUAGAAAUACACUGAAUAGAUCUGGCACAACGAGUCCAUACUCUACAAGUCAGUGGUGUCUGUUCUAUGCAACGUAUUUCUAUAUGCAUGUUCCACCGCUGUGCCCUACAGUAUCCAACUAUCCAGUAGAAGCAUGACUGUGAACCUCAAAAAAAUUUACCUUCAAAAGCAACUUUGUUGUAUGCCUGUUCAAAAAUGUUCAAAAGUUUAACAUUUACAAAUAAUGUAUAUGAAUGCCUUUUUCACCCCAUCGGUAUCAGAAAACCUCAUUGUCAUCAUAUGCAGUGUUUUAUAGUUAGUGUUAUUAUGAAGAGACAUGAUCAAAUUAUGGUUGAGUUUUCUUAACUUUGUCUUUCUGGAGGGUGGGGAGGGCAGCAGGGAGUUGUCAUGGUGAUAAUACAUUUACCCAGAACCUUCUGCUGGCCUGGUGGGAAGAGAAAGCAAGACGUCCUCAUAGGGAGCUUUACAGUGAGCUUCUAUCUUGUUUUCGUUUUCAAUAUUGUCUGUUUGUAUAUUAACAAUGCUUUAUAUGUUCAUAUUCUGUUUAACUUUACCAUGAAAUGCCCUGGCAAAGUAAUAAAAAUAUAUUUAUUUUAAAAU